CCCCGCGGUGUCCACAAACGACCUGCAGCCGAUCGUUUCUCUGUAGAAGGAAGAGCACACACGCUUUCGCUCUCCUGAUUCCGCAAAGUAUCGUUGUACACACCGGUGCAUCAGUCUCUCUUGUAGUUGGAGGUGUCCAGUAGAGUGGAAGAAGCCAUGUCAGGGCAACGGAAAGGUGCAGUGGGGCGUCUGAGAAAGUGUGCCUUCUGUAGAACUAACCGAGAGAAGGAGUGUGGCCAGCUUCUAGUAUCAGACAACCAGAGGGUGGCAGCCCACCACAAAUGUAUGCUUUUCUCAUCUGCCCUGGUGACCUCUCAUUCAGACAGUGAAAACAUUGGGGGAUUUUCUGUUGAGGAUGUGAAGAAGGAGAUCAAAAGAGGAAACAAAUUGAUGUGCUCUUCUUGCCACCGGCCCGGGGCUACCAUAGGCUGCGAUGUAAAGACGUGUCGGCGGACGUACCACUACUACUGUGCCCUAUGGGACAAGGCACAGACCAAGGAGAACCCCUCCCAGGGAAUUUACCUAGUUUACUGUCGUAAGCAUCGCGACGCCUCCCAAGAAGCCAGCGAUGAGGAGCAAGGAGUCGCAGCCAACGAUUCCGAUUCCUCCCCGCCAAGGAACAGAGGAAGGGGGAGGUUUGAGAAGAGCCGAAUCCGAGCCGUGUCUCGUGGCCAAUCGGACGACGCCCGCUCGACCUCGUCGCAAGGGCUGGAUGAAAUGGAAAGCUCCUCAAAUCGGGACCGGUCCCCUCUGAGGGGCAGCCUGAGUGAGUCAGGGCUUCGUUGUGGUUUCUGCCAUGCUGGCGAUGAAGAGAAUCAGACACGUGGUGUGCUGCAUUCUGACAAUGCGAAAAAGGUCGCCGCCCACUACAAAUGCAUGCUUUUCUCUUCGGGAACUGUCCAGCUCACUACAACCUCACGUGCAGAAUUUGGGAACUUUGACAUUAAAACAGUCAUUCAGGAAAUAAAGAGAGGAAAAAGAAUGAAAUGCACCCUGUGUGGCCAGCUUGGAGCCACCAUUGGCUGUGAGAUAAAAGCCUGCGUGAAAACCUACCAUUAUCACUGUGGCCUGCAGGACAAGGCCAAAUACAUAGAGAACAUGGCCCGAGGCAUAUACAAACUGUACUGUAAGAAUCACAGUGGAAAUGAGGAACGGGAUGAAGAGGAUGAGGAAAGGGAGAGUCGGAGUCGCGAGAGGGCUGCCAGCAACCAUGAGGGAACGUCUUCUCCAUCCCAAGUCAAUGGCAACUAGAUGGUGAAAGAAGAUGAGCAGGAGAAAAGAACAAGAUAUUUUUGUAUUGUGCUCAUUUAGAACUUAGGGGCCAGCUCACAAUAUCGACACUUGCGAUUUUCUCCUCAUUGCCAGAAAAUCCAUAACCAUGGACAACCGGCCAUACAUUUCUAUGCCUUUUUCUCAAUAUUUCGUGAACAUUAAGAAUGAAACUGGAGAGUCCAGCGAGUACCAAAAUCCCACUGAACUGUAAGAUGGGUUUGAGAACAGAUUGAGCCAAGUCCUAAAUCUAAAACAAACAAAUAACAAAAUCCCUUUUGGAUGGAGAAUCCCCAUUAACAGUGUAAUUUGGUCCAGGACUGGACUGAAUCUGUGUCUGAAAAACUGUCAGUACAUUUUUAAGAUGUGAGCCAUUGUACCUCUGAACCACUGGACCAAUGGAUGUUUUCUCUGUCCAGUUUCUUUCUUCACAAACUGCUUUCACCAGACCCAUUUUUUGAGACUUCUGCCUGAUUGUUUCUACUGUCUCUUCCAAAUCAAGAAGUUUAAUAAGCCUGUUGCUGUAAUUCUCUGUCAGAGAAUUGACAUUUAUCUUUACCUCUUACUUUGUCUUGUAUCAUGUAUUAUAUUUUACUACUGUAUUAUAAUCAUGAGUAAUGUUGAAUAUCUGUGGCUUCCUUUAUAGGCUUUAGUCAGGAUUAAAGAUCAGUGACUAGCAUGCACUUUUUCUUUA